GUCAAAUGAAAAAUGAAUGAUGAAUGUCAAAUCGUCCACUUGUUUUCAUUUUUUUCAGCUAAUUUAAUUAGUCAAAAAUUACAAAUACGAAAUGCUUUAUGAUUUACUGUUUAUGGAGAAGAGUAGUUCACUUUAUAGAAUUUGAACUAAUAUAUUUGUAUAUGUGGUUCUAAGAUUAGUCACCUAUCCACCAUACAGUACAGUAACUACAGAAACAUAAUAUUUCACAGGAUAGCCCAAGGUUGCUUCAUAUUAUUCAUCAGAUGUCUAAUAAUAUUCCUCCACUACUAAGCAAUUCCCCUCCACCUCCUCCUUCGCCUGAUGAUGAAGAAGAUGACGAAUUCGGAAACUUUACUAUGCCAAACGAUUUUUCUUUCACAUGUGAUGGGUUUAUUUCUUCACCAUCGCCAUCACAGUCUCCGAAGAUAGAUAAAGUUCAAGCUGUUACAAAUGUCACUGAAGAUACUGAAAAUGAUGGAAUCAAAGUUGUUAGUGAAGAUAUUAAUAUUAACAAACACACUAGGUUACAAAGUGACGUCGAAUACCACUUAAAUAAGUACGAAAAUACGAAUGUUCGUAAUGAAAAUGAUAUCCUUAGGAUAAUUUCUGGUCAUAUUGAGAAAUUAGGUUUCAAUAAUGCAGACAUUGAUGUCAAUAAUGCAGACAUUGAAGAACGAAAAUGUACCGUUCUGAAAGAUUCUUCAGAUGAUGAAAGUGGUUUGAAUAAUUCUGUCGAAGAAAUGAAAGACCAGAAAUCCAUCGAUAGUUUUAUUAAAGACGAUUACACUUCGAUAGUAGAUAGUACAGAAAAAUCGAUCACAAUAUAUGAAGGUGAUACAAACUUUGUUUUCGAGAACAACAUUGAAAGCAAUUGUACAACUGAUUUUAAUCAUUUCAAUGGUAGCAACAAAACAAAUGGCGAAGGCUCCAUAGAAAAUACUGAAACGGUCAGAAACAAAAGCAGAGAAAUUGUAAAUGAAGAGGAUACUAAUUGUUUUGUUGCUGAAGAAAUAUUGAAAACUAAUAAAGAAAGUGCCAAAAGUGUGGACCCAUAUUUGCAUAUGAAUGGUGUAAAAUAUUCAAUACUAGAAGAAUUACAACAAAAUAAUUUGAUUGAAUGUGAAUCUACACCUACAGCAGAAGUAAAUGAUCUUGAAGAUGAAAAUGAAGAUAAUGUCUCACAUGUUGAUAUUUAUACACAUGAAUCAAGUUUUGAUGAUAGUUCUAGUAUUAGCCAAGAUAAGCUAAACCGUCCAAAUGAAAUUAUAUCACCAAAAUCUGAUCCAGAAAUUGUUGAGAUAACUUUUGAUGUUUCUGAAUCUACUGAGCAAGAAGCAUCUGAUGAUUUUGAAGAUUUUGGUGACUUUACGGCAUUUAGUUUAGAGCAGCAAGACAUUGCCGAAUCGGAAAUACCAAAUAAAAAUGCUGAUGUGAAUCCUACUCAAACUUUGGAUCCCUCAGUUGACGAUUAUCAAGAACAAAAUAGAAAGAAUGAUGCAUUCGCUAAUUUUGUUGCAUUCAAUUCAAAUCAUGUUUCCGAUAAAGAAGAUAGUGAUGAUGAAUUUGCUGAUUUCGCUUCUUUUGAAGUUCCAAACAUUCCAAAAACAAUCGAGAAUCAACCUGAUGAUGAUGGUGAUUCUAGUGUAUUCAGUUCGGCAACGUUUGAACCACAACAGUAUUCAUAUCAACCUAGUACUAGUAAAAAAGCCACAGAAAUGGAAAGAAUGACAGUUUCUGAACCUAUAUUCCUUUCACUGCAUGAAAAAGAGGCCUUUGAAAAAUCCAAACAGAUCAUACAGCAAAUGUAUCCUCCCUUUGAAGAGGUGCUCAAAGAUUGUGAGUUCAUCAAUACAGAAGAUGAUGCCAUCUUUAAACAGCUGAAGGAUGUUACUGACACGCCUGCAUUGUCUUAUCACUGGUCGAAAUCUACCACUCAAAAAUGUCUCUUGAGGUCCCUCAACAUUGAUGUCAGAAACAUGAUGUUUGGACCUACAUGGAAUCCCACAAUACCAAGAUUUGCAGCACAUGUGGGGUUACAACCACUGGAACCUGUCAAAGCUGAUAAUGUUCCUUCAACAAGUGUCAAAUUUAGUCCGUCCAUUUCCCAAACACAUUCUCCAGACAUUCCUAACGUUCAGUUUGACUGGACAAGCUCAGGUCUCGUGAAUCCUCUUGAAUUUGACGCAAAGGGUACUCCCGCACAACUUCCAGAUAUCUUAACUCAGCAAUUGCCUGAAACUUCUUUGGAUCCUGUUUCUCAAAUCGCGCUGGGCAGUAAAAGUAGCAGUAAUAGUAUCGAAUUUCCAGAUAACAAUGAUUUCCGAGAGUUUGAAUCAUAUCAACCCCCUGCACCUUCUACGGAAUGGCGGAAUAUUUUACCUUUACGAGAAACACACAUAUCAAAUAUAUCAUCAGAACUUAGUGGCCAAUCUAAUAUCGAAGCAUGGCUACAACCGACAAUUGUAACUCCUGAAUUAUCAAGGAGGAAGUUGAGUACUGACGAAAGUGUAUCAACAAUUGUAACACCUGAAAUAAUGACAGAGAAUGCUACUGUUCAAGAAAGUGAUGACGAGUUUGAUGAUUUCCAGAUGGUUUUACCAGAAAAGGUUAAUGACGAAUCUAUAGGUCAGGAUACACUUGUUUCUGAUGAUAUUGUGCAGGAAAAAGGUUCACAAGGUAGCAGAUCUAAUAAUGGUAUACAAUUAUCAAAACCAAUGAUUCCAACAUCAUUUGUUCCAUCCACAGAAAGUUUCACUAGUACAGCAUCAGGUCUAUUGAAAUAUCCUAAAGGAAAUCUUGGAAUCACAAACUCUUCUCAAGAUGAUGACGAAUUUACUGAUUUCCAUUUCUCUAUGCCAAAAGUUGAUCAUGCUGCCAGUACAAUCUUGAUUCCAUCUGUUACCCCCUUGGAACCAACUCCCGUUCACCCCAAACCACAGAGUACCCAAAUAAACUGGCCAGACCCCGGCCUAACUGAUGAGGAACUGAGAAAAUUCGAAAACGUUUUCUCCAGUCCAUUGAACUUCAAGCAGGAGGCAAACAGUGUGUCGAAAACAGAAUCCCCUAAAAAAAAGAUAGACGACGAAGAAGAGUGGUCAGAAUUCGUGUCGGUGCAGAAACCGUCCCCUGUACACAAAGUGAAAUCGUACAGUGAAAGGGAGAGGACGUCAAGCCCGGACUUGCCCCUCUCCGUCUUCAAUUUAGGCAGCAUCCAACCCAAUAAGCCACCCGUACCCAUUAUCACCCCUCAGGGAUUGGUGCAAACGAAACUGUCUUCGAAUGCUUCGAGUGCAUCGCCAAAAGCGCAAUUGAAACACAAUAACGACACUAGAUCGGCAUACCUGGGUCAGCAGCCUUCGAUAAUCAGCAAUCAGUUCGCCUCUCAAGCGUACAAUUUCGUUCCGUCGACUUACAACUAUGCCAAAUCGACAGGGCCUUCCCAAAUCAGGGAUAUCAUGGUCAAUGAUAUUUCUCAAGAGGAGGACGAAUGGGGCGAGUUUGUGUCCAGUCCUUUGCCCCCUAAGCCGGUCCAGAACGCUUGGGGCAAUCAGACUCCGAACAUUAUUAUGAAUCCGGGACAUUUCGUGCAGAGUGCUAGUGAUGUGGGUAAACGCGUUAGUAACUUUCCGGGCAAUAAAAGAAGUACUGUACCGAAUAUGGUUGUUCCCGAAUUGGAUUUCAUUGCUCCCAAAGCACGGACUACUGUUUCUCGGAAGAAAUGACAGGAGGAACAUGUAAUGCUCUAAUGUUUGGUUGUGUAUAUUCUGUAUAAAGGAAGAAACGUUCAUCAAUUUUUGAUGUGCUGUAUAUAGGUAAUUGCAGGUUUAUAUAUAUUUUAUUC